AUGGAGAGAGAGAGAGGGCCCGACCGGCAGGAGAGAGAGAGAGGGCCCGACCCGGGAGGAGAGAGAGAGAGGGCCCGACCGGCAGGAGGAGAGAGAGAGGGCCCGACCUGGCAGGAGACAGAGAGAGGGCCCGACCGGCAGGAGAGAGAGAGGGCCCGACCGGCAGGAGAGAGAGAGAGGGCCCGACCGGCAGGAGAGAGAGAGAGGGCCCGACCGGCAGGAGAGAGAGAGAGGCCCGAACCGUCAGGAGAGAGAGAGAGGGCCCGACCGGCAGGAGAGAGAGAGAGGGCCCGACCGGCAGGAGAGAGAGAGAGGGCCCGACCGGCAGGAGAGAGAGAGAGGGCCCGACCGGUCAGGAGACAGAGGGCCGACAUGGCAGGAGAGGAGAGCGAGGGCCGACCGGCAGGAGACAGAGAGAGGGCCGACCGGCAGGAGAGAGAGAGAGGGCCCGACCGGCAGGAGACAGAGGGCCCGACCGGCAGGAGAGAGAGGAGGGCCGACCGGCAGGAGACAGAGAGAGGGCCGACCGGCAGGAGAGAGAGAGAGGGCCCGACCUGCAGAGACAGAGGGCCCGACCGGCAGGAGAGAGAGAGAGGCCCGACCGGCAGGAGAGAGAGAGAUGAGGGCCCGACCGGCAGGAGAGGGAGAGAGGCCCGACCGGCAGGAGAGAGAGAGAGGGCCGACCGGCAGGAGAGAGAGAGAGGCCCGACCGGCAGGAGAGAGAGAGAGGGCCGACCGGCAGGAGACAGAGGGCCCGACCGGCAGAGAGAGAGAGAGGGCCCGACCGGCAGGAGAGAGAGAGAUGGCCCGACCGGCAGGAGACAGGAGGCCCGAGCGGCAGGAGAGAGAGAGAGAGGGCCGACCGGCAGGAGAGAGAGCGAGGGCCCGACCGGCAGGAGAGAGAGAGAGGGCCCGACCGGCAGGAGAGAGAGAGAGGCCCGACCGGCAGGAGAGAGAGAGAGGGCCGACCGGCAGGAGAGAGAGAGAGGGCCCGACCGGCAGGAGGAGAAGAGAGGCCCGACCGGCAGGAGAGAGAGAGAGGGCCCGACCGGCAGGAGACAGAGGGCCCGACCGGCAGGAAGAGAGAGAGGCCCGACCGGCAGGAGAGAGACAGAGGGCCCGACCGGCAGGAGACAGAGGUCCCCGCAGUCUGGCAGGAGCGAUGAGAGAGAGGGCCUACCGGCAGUAGAGAAUAGAUAG